AUAAAUACUACCAAAACCCGAUAUUUCCUCUCAGGAGGUCGGUUUAUAAACCCAAUAAAUUUCACCAGGAAACACACAGAAAAUCCGAGAAAAUUUUCCCUUUUCCUCUCACGUGGAAAACGUACAAUCCGUAGAAGGAGAGAAAGAAAGAGAGAUAGAGAGACGAAGCGAGGCCUUUGGGCAUUUCUGGAAUAUUUGAUUGGUACUCUUGAUCAGUCUUGGAAGGAAUUGAUUGUGAUCAUUUUCGUUUCGGUGGAUCCUACUUUUGGGGGGCUUGCAUAUUAGAUUAUGAGUUUUCAAGCUCGAAAUGAUCGGAGAGAUAGAGCUAGAUUUCCCAACCAAACCGGUAGGCAAGCAUGGGUCCCUAGAGGAUCUGCCCCUCACGCUGUGAAUUCACACCCGAACCCGUCAUCUGGUUUCAAUUCCAAUCUGAACGGGAUUGGUGGGGACUCAAAUUUCAGUUCCGCACCACCAGAUGGUCCGAGUAGAGGAGGUUUUGCGUCAAGGAAUUAUGCAGCUAGACCUUCUAAUCAGAGAAGGGAGAGGGUGGAUGAUCAGGAGGUGAAGGGGCCGAAGGACUUGAAUUCAAAUUUGCCGCAGCUUGUGCAGGAAAUCCAAGAGAAAUUGAUGAAGGGGAGUGUUGAAUGUAUGAUUUGUUAUGAUAUGGUCAGGAGAUCAGCUCCCAUUUGGUCUUGCUCGAGCUGUUAUUCAAUUUUCCAUUUGAAUUGUAUCAAGAAAUGGGCCCGGGCGCCUACCUCUACUGAUUUUUCUGUAGAGAAGAAUCAGGGGGUCAACUGGCGAUGCCCUGGAUGUCAAUCAGUGCAGCUCACAGCUUCAAAGGAGAUUCGGUAUGUUUGCUUCUGUGGAAAGAGGUCUGAUCCGCCUUCUGAUUUGUAUUUGACGCCCCAUUCUUGUGGAGAGCCUUGUGGGAAGCCACUCAAUCGAGAGAUUAUAGGUUCUGGUGAGAGUAAUGAGGAUUUUUGCCCCCAUGUCUGUGUCUUGCAAUGCCACCCAGGUCCAUGCCCUCCGUGUAAGGCUUUUGCACCGCCUCGGUUGUGCCCUUGUCGGAAGAAAAUAAUUACAACACGAUGCUCUGAUCGGAAAUCUGUUCUUACUUGUGGUCAGCGUUGUGAUAAACUCCUCGAAUGUGGGCGUCACCGUUGUGAGCGCAUGUGCCAUGUUGGUGCUUGUGAUCCUUGUCAGGUUCUGGUCAAUGCCUCUUGCUUUUGCAAGAACACGGUGGAGGUUGUUCUUUGUGGGUCCAUGGCUGUGAAGGGAGAACUAAAAUCAGAGGAUGGUGUUUUCUCAUGUCGUUGGAUCUGUGGAAAGAAGCUUUUCUGUGGAAAUCACGAUUGUGAUGAAAUUUGCCAUCCAGGGCCAUGUGGGGAUUGCAACUUAAUGCCAAGCAGGAUUAGGACAUGCUAUUGCGGUAAAACAUCAUUGCAGGAGGAACGGCGUAGCUGUUUGGACCCAAUUCCAACCUGUCUUCAGAUCUGUGGCAAGCCCCUCCCUUGUGGAAUGCACUUCUGUAAGGACACAUGCCAUGCUGGGGAUUGUGCACCAUGUUUGGUGCUUGUCAAUCAAAAAUGCCGUUGUGGAUCAACAUCUCGAACUGUAGAAUGCUACAAAACCACGGCAGAGGAGAAAUUUACCUGUGAGAAACCUUGUGGGCGGAAGAAGAACUGUGGAAGGCACCGUUGUAGUGAACGGUGCUGUCCUCUCUCUAAUUCUGGCAAUGUUCUCUUUGGUGAUUGGGAUCCGCACUUAUGUUCAAUGACAUGUGGAAAGAAACUAAGGUGUGGACAGCACUCUUGUGAAAAUCUUUGCCACAGUGGCCAUUGCCCUCCUUGCCUUGAAACAAUCUUUACUGAUUUAACAUGUGCAUGUGGGAGAACUUCAAUCGCUCCUCCAUUGCCUUGUGGUACCCCCACUCCAUCAUGUCAGCACCCAUGCUCAGUUCCUCAGCCAUGUGGUCAUUUAUCUUCUCACAGCUGCCACUUUGGAGACUGCCCACCUUGUUCAGUUCCUAUAGCCAAGGAGUGCAUUGGUGGACAUGUGGUUCUCAGGAACAUCCCUUGUGGGUCAAGGGAUAUUAGAUGUAACAAGCUUUGCGGCAAGACCAGGCAAUGUGGUAUGCAUGCUUGUGGGAGAACUUGUCACCCUCCUCCUUGUGAUUCUUCCUGUGCAUCUGGCUCUGGUUUGAGGUCUUCAUGUGGCCAGACAUGUGGUGCUCCGAGGAGAGAUUGCAGGCAUACAUGCACUGCCCCUUGUCACCCUUCAUCUCCUUGUCCUGAUUCAAGAUGUAAUUUCCCUGUCACAAUCACUUGUUCUUGUGGCCGAAUAAGUGCAACUGUUCCUUGUGAUGCUGGAGGCAGCAGUGUGGGGUUUAAUGGUGAUACAGUCUCUGAAGCUUCCAUUAUCCAAAAGUUGCCAGUACCACUUCAACCUGUGGAAGCAAAUGGCAGGAAAAUUCCUCUUGGACAGAGGAAGCUUGCUUGUGAUGAUGAAUGUGCAAAACAGGAACGGAAACGAGUUCUUGCAGAUGCUUUUGAUAUCACCCCCCCAAACUUGGAUGCCCUUCAUUUUGGUGAGACUUCUGUUGUUUCUGAAUUGCUUGCAGAUCUUUUUAGGCGUGAUCCAAAGUGGGUGUUGUCUGUGGAAGAAAGAUGCAAGUUUUUGGUCCUAGGGAAAACCAGAGGAACUACCAGCAGUCUUAGGGUUCACGUUUUCUGUCCAAUGCUGAAGGAAAAGAGAGAUGCUGUAAGGCUGAUAGCUGAGAGGUGGAAGCUUUCAGUUAAUUCUGCUGGGUGGGAGCCAAAGCGUUUUAUUGUUGUUCAUGUUACGCCCAAAUCCAAAGCCCCAGCUCGUGUGCUUGGCGCUAAGGGUUCCACCCCCUUAAAUGUGUUAAAUCCUCCGGUUUUUGAUCCAUUGGUAGAUAUGGAUCCCAGGCUUGUUGUUUCUUUACUUGAUUUGCCAAGGGACGCAGAUAUAAGUGCAUUGGUUCUGAGGUUUGGUGGGGAGUGUGAAUUAGUUUGGUUGAAUGACAAGAAUGCGCUGGCCGUGUUUAGUGAUCCAGCCCGAGCAGCAACUGCGAUGAGGAGGUUAGAUCAUGGAUCAGUGUAUCAUGGUGCUGUUGUGAUCCCUCAAAAUGGCAUUGCACCAGUGGCUUCACAAGGUGCCAAUGCCUGGGGAGGAUCAGCAGGGGGAAUGGCCAAGGAGGGCCGUAAUCAAUGGAAGAAGGCAGUGGUUCAGGAGUCUGGUUGGAGUGAGAGUUCCUGGGGUGGUGAAGACUGGUCAGCUGGUUCUGUGGAUCUGCAGGCAUCUGUUUGGAAAGGGAAGGAAUCCCCCAUUGUUGCUUCUGUAAACCGAUGGAAUGUUUUAGAGCCUGAAUUGGUUUCAAGCUCAUCUACCUCUUCUGUCAAAACCGAGGAUUCCGGAAAAAGAGUGGGAAAUCAAUCUGUGCCCGGUUUGGAACCAAGUUCAAGUCAUUCUAAUUCAGCAGAGACAGAAGGAGAUACAAGCGAAGCAGAUGCAUCAGAAGUAGUAGAUGACUGGGAAAAGGCUUAUGAAUUCUCCUUUGGGGUGUUUAAGUUCACGAAUAAUCCUAUUAAAGUCAAUUGCUUCAUCACCUGGGUUAAAGACCUAGCCCAGGUUAUUGGAGCUCUUGCGCAUACUUUUGGUUGGAAAGAGACAUGGAGGCAUACAUUCCUUUUGGCAUUUCAAAGCCUCGGAAUAGUUUAUGGUCGCUUGAGUACUGCUCCACUAUAUGUAUUUAUGUCAAUUCCAAGAGAGGAUAUAAUAUCAGAACAGAGGGUAUAUGAGCUCUUCUCCUUUGUGUUCUGGACUAUGACCAUCAUUCCUCUACUGAAGUAUGCCUUCAUAGUAUUGAGAGCUGAUGACAAUGGAGAGGGUGGUACUUUUGCUUUAUACUCAUUGCUUUGCCGGCAUGCCAAAGUGGGUCUGCAUCCAAAUGAUAGAAGUGCUAAUGAAGUUAUGAAAAGCAUAAGUGCACCUGCUUCUAAGACCAAGGUGGAAUCAAGAGCCAGAAGGGCCAUUGAAAAACAUAAAAGCAGUCACUAUUUGAUGUUGUUUUUGGCUCUGUUCGGGUCUUGCAUGGUGAUUGGCGAUGGGGUACUGACCCCAGCUAUUUCUGUGUUAUCAGCUUCAUCAGGAUUUGAACGAUCGAUGUCUCAUAUAGCUCAUAAAAUUGCCUCCUCACAAAGAGUGGGGGACGACAUAGAAAAAGCCUUCAAAAGAUAUGUUCCGGUCCCCUUUGCAUGUGCUAUAUUGGUAGGCCUUUUCACACUGCAACACUAUGGGACUCAUAAAAUUGGGUUUUUAUUUGCACCGAUCAUUGUUAUUUGGCUCUUCUUCAUCAGCGGGGUGGGUUUAUACAAUAUCUUUUAUUCGGACCAUCAAAUCAUCUAUGCAGUCUCCCCAGUAUACAUGUACAGAUUUAUGAGGAACUUCGACCAUCAAGGUUGGAGGUCAUUAGGCAGCAUCCUUCUAUCUGUAGCAGGAUCAGAGGCUAUGUUUGCAGAUCUUGGCCAUUUCUCAAAGAAAUCACUGAAGAUUACUUUUGUCUGCUUGAUUUAUCCAGCCCUGAUUUUAUGUUAUGCGGGUCAAGCUGCAUUUAUCUCCAAAAACUGGCGUGUGUUUGAAGAUGUUACUUAUCUUAGUGAAUCAGUACCUGGAGCCUUUCUUCGCCAUAUUGUCGUAUUGUUGUCUCUUCUUGCUUCUGCUGUUGGAAGCCAAGCAACCAUUACUGCCAGUUUCUCUGUCAUAAACCAGUGCCUGGCACUCGGUUGUUUUCCCAGAGUAAAAGUUAUUCAUACAUCAGAUACUAUGAAUGGGCGGGUUUAUAUUCCAGAUGUCAACUGGUUAUUGAUGAUUCUCAGCCUUGGCAUUGUAAUAGCUUUCCAAGACAUUGCACGAAUUGGAAAUGCAACAGGUCUAGCUAUAAUUUCUGGAAUGCUAGUAACCACUUGUCUGAUGUCGCUUGUAAUCACAUUGUACUGGGAGAAGAGUCUGUUUGUCUCUGCAUGCUUUUUAUUAUCUUUUGGCUUGGUUGAGAUAAUGUAUCUGUCAGCAUGUAUGUCAAACUUUCACAAGGGAGCAUGGUAUCUAGUUGUUCUUUUCGUAUUUUCCAUGACAAUCAUGCUUUCAUGGCACUAUGGCACCAUGAAGAAGUAUGAGUUUGAUUUACAGAAUAAGGUGUCCAUGGAAUGGAUUACAGUGAUGAGCCCUGGUCUUGGGGUCUCCAGGGUCCCUGGAAUUGGCUUCAUCUACACUGAUAUUGUGUCAGGAAUCCCAGCUUUUUUCUCCCACUUCAUUACAAAUCUUCCUGCAUAUCACCAAGUGCUGAUCUUUGUGUCAUUCAAGUCCUUACCAGUGCCUUGUGUCCCCCAAAAGCAGAGGUAUCUCAUAGGGAGGCUUGGCGCCAAGGACUAUAAAGUUUACCGAUGUAUUGUAAGAUAUGGAUACUGUGAUAACAUCAGGGACACAGAUGAUUUUGAGGAUCAGAUUAUCCGUUGUAUUGGAGAAUUCAUUGCUUUGGAAGAAAAUGAUUUGGAAUCCUUGACCUCCCCAGAAGGAAGAAUGAUUGUUGUUGGAAACCCAAUGCUGGAUGGAAAUGCCUUGGUUCCCAUCCCUGAAAUGAACUCAAAUUUGGCCUCUCCAAGGUUGUCAAACAAUGGAACUCAGAGAACCCUGUCUAGUGAUUCAAUUGAGAGUGCAUCUGCUCUUGUCACAAGAAGAAAGGUCAGAUUCAUGUUGCCUCCAGAGAGCCCCAGAAUGCAGGUUUCUGUCAGGGCAGAACUCCGAGAACUAGUUGAUGCCAGGGAGAGCGGCACUGCAUAUUUCUUGGGCCAGUCACAUCUGAAAGUGCGUGAUGGCUCAAGCUUUCUGAAGAGAUUCCUGAUCAUGACCUAUGUUUUUCUUGAUAAGAAUUGCCGUGAGCCUCCGGUAGCACUCAACAUUCCUCAUGCUGCUCUUGUAGAGGUUGGUAUGGUCUAUACCAUAUGAAUCGUAAAGCAUCGACAUUUCACUCUUCUUUGCUCUUUGCUUACAAAAUAUGUGCCUAUGCAGCUUGAUUUAGAUGAUCAAAUGAAUGAAAAAUCAUUGUUGCUAGACUCAUUUCAUUUUCUUCACAAUUCUUUUCUGUUCUGGUUGGCCACUGCUGAUAAGACAGAAAAUAGAAGAUAAUUUUGAUAUGUUUCAAUCCUAGAUUGUUGGAAGACUCCAUUUUCUCCUGUA